AUGAAAAAGAACUUUGACGUCCUGAUCGAAGAUAUACAAAGGAUAUUAGGGUACGAUGCGCAUGAUGAUAGGCAUCCCAUGGGGUGGCCACGUCCGUGUGGAAUUGGUUCAAAUACUUUCGCAAUAAGCGUCAAGGCUACAUAUGCCUUUUGGCGUUGGUACACAGGUAUUGGAAAAGAGGUCCUGAAAGAAUAUAACAAGAAGCACGGGACCAACAUACUUCUACUGCAGGAGCAAACGAUACGUCAAACAGAUUUGAAUAGACUGUGCCGUCGAAAAUCGUGCUAUUUUCUUCUGGUAGACUACUUUUGGCUUUUACUUCUACGUUUGCAAAUUCGUCAGUGUUAUCAAGCCGCACGAAAGAGAGGACCUGAAGUGCGUAUUCGUAGGAAUAAAGUUGAAAUAGUGGGCCUGGGGAUGUACGACCCUGUCAUCCUUGCCCGUCGCCUCAAUUGGAAAGUACCUGGUUGGAACGGGACUCCACUUUCUGAAUUACUGGAUAUGAAAUUGAAGAAAGAAGAAGAAGAGGGAAAGCUUGUAAUCGGUGAAUUACUUUUACCUGGUUUGACCAUUGAAGAACAAAAGGAAUCUGUUGGGGAUGGAAGCGCUGAUAUGGAAGUUGAUGCUUCAAACAAAGAAAUCUCGAAUAAGGAGAAUUAUUCUGAUGUGGUAAAAAAGAAGAGACGUUCUCAAGAGGAUAGUACUAUUCCAAAGAAAUAUAAGAAAGUUGCCUUGUCGAACAAUUCUGACCGCCCAAGCACUAGCAAGAGUUUCUAAUCGGUGCAACUGAACUCAUGACUACUGAUUCUUCUCUAUCAUUUAUAGCAUGUGGACUCGCAGUGAUCUGACUUGAGAUCUUAUAGUAGAUGCUCAGAAUUUUACUCUUGAUUAACCUGUUUUAUCUGCUGACAUAAACCAUUUUGAGUAACUGUUUUAUACUAAUGAUAGAAUAUCAGAAUAUGAGUGUUGGAUUUGUCGAUUGAUGAAUUGAUAUAUCUUGCCAGUAUGCUACUGUUCGGUCAGCGAAAAGAUCUGCACGCUGACAUUGAUGAAACAAAUACUUGUUAUGGUUCAG